UCGUGCAGCCGUACAGUAAUCAUAUGAUAGAGACCGGAGCAGAUACCGACGCACCGGGAGGAUCAGGAGCACCGAGGCGCAGGACUUGAUGGUGGAACCGGAGAAGAACAAGUAGGCGGGAAAACAGAACGUCAAAGUGCCAAAAAAAACCCUAAACUGAACCCAGAACCGAAGCUCCCCCGAACAGGAACUUUUUCCAAACUCCGGAGACAGAGAGAGUUUAGGGGGACCGACCAGCAGAGGACUCGCUGAACGACGGACAGGCGCCUCACCCCGGCUACAGAGUUCACUUUGAUCCGCUAGCAGCGGCCGGUGGAACCCCCUCCCCUGGAAACGUCGGGAGGUUUUUUAUUUUGUUGCUAAUAUAAAAUUCAAAGCAACCCCUGUAAGUUUUAGCAGCUCCAGUCAGGUCACCUUUAAAUAAAAUAAAAAGUUAAGCCAUGGUUGGGGAGACCGAGGUGAAGGAGAGACCCAAGUCCAAUCCGGACUACCUGAUGCAGUUGAUGAACGACAGGAAGGUCAUGAGCUCUCUGCCCAACUUCAGCGGCAUCUUCACGCAUCUGGAGCGGCUGCUGGAUGAAGAAAUCGGCCGGGUUCGUAAAGACAUGUACAACGACACGCUGAACGGCGGCAUGUUCAACGGCCGGGACAUGGAGGAGCUUCCCGAGGCCGUGGGCCCCGUGGCUCAGCUGCAGGAGAAGCUCUACGUUCCUGUCAAAGAGUACCCAGACUUUAACUUUGUGGGGAGGAUCCUGGGCCCUCGCGGACUGACGGCCAAACAACUGGAGGCAGAAACCGGCUGCAAGAUCAUGGUGCGAGGAAAGGGUUCCAUGAGGGACAAGAAGAAGGAGGAGAUGAAUCGAGGGAAGCCCAACUGGGAGCACCUCAGCGAGGACCUGCACGUCCUCAUCACGGUGGAGGACACACACAACCGCGCCAAGAUCAAACUCCAGCGGGCCAUCAACGAGGUCAAGAAACUCCUGGUGCCCGCUGCUGAGGGGGAAGACAACCUGAAGAAAAUGCAGCUGAUGGAGCUGGCCAUUCUCAACGGGACGUACAGAGACGCCAAUGUGAAGACGCCCACCGCAGCCUUCCCUCUAGCGACUCCUCAGGCUCCUCGGAUCAUCACCGGCCCGACGCCCGUCCUGCCCCCCACUCUGCGGAACCCCGCCCCCGUCACCACGCCCACCAUCAUGCCCCUGAUCCGUCAGAUCCAGAGCUCCACCCUGGUGCCGGGAGCCAAUCCGCAUCCGGCUCUGGUGCAGCAAGGGCCCGAAUCGGGGAUCAUCUACACGCCCUACGAGUAUCCCUACACACUGACGCCCUCCAUCCUGGAAUACCCGAUUGACUCGACCGGAGUUUUAGGUAUGGCUUUCCCAACCAAAGGCUAAGUGAUAGCAACCCUUCCUAGCACAUGGACUGGCUUGCAGAGACCCCCCCUCACAUACUAUCCCAGAGCAAACACUCAGAGUUUGCUUCUACUUUAGGAUGACACAUUCCUCCAGAGUCCAUUCCUGUUCAUUUUCCUCUUUGUAUUAGCAGACUAGUGUUGUGGUGUGACAGAUAUUUAACUUUUUUUAAUAGUUCAGCUUCCGCUUGUAAUUUUUUAACACAUUUUAGUGAACCCAUAGAUACUUUAGAGCUGCUGUUUGUGAUUUAACAUAUGUUAAAGCUUAUUUUGAUCCCAGAGCUAUAGAGUGACUUUGCUUACAGCUGGUGUUGAAUCUACUAGUGAAGCUUAGCGAGAAAUUAGUGGUUUGGAUUAAUAUUUUCUUUAGAGAUCAGACCACAAAACAACAAAAGUUCUGUCUCUUAGAAGUGAGAUUUUUUUUUUUUUACUUAUUUUCACCCUCAGCCUUGAACACUUUGUAAAUUCCUGGUUUUCGCUGAUGUUGGUGCCAUGGGUGGACUGUCUGAUGUCUUUCUGAUGAGUAACCUUCUGUGUUCUGUUUUGGCGAAUGUCCAUGGCUGUUAGCAGGUGCCAUGACCACUAAGGUACGACGCCACGACAAGAGAAUCCAUCCUUACCAAAGGGUAGUGACCACAGACAGAGGUUAGUUAGCUCACCAGCCACUUUAUGUGUGUGUGUGUGUGUGUGUGUGUGUGUGUGUGUGUGUGUGUGUGUGUGUGUGUGUGUGCGUGCACACCAAUGGACCAAUUUCAGUUUACAUGUGUCUGUAAUAUGGCAUGCCUAAAAAGAAGAAGAAAAAAUAACUAUCAGGCAGAAGGGUCACUGGUGUGUAAAUGUGAAGCAGUAUUUGUUGCAGUGAAAGUGAACUAAGUGAGCAGAUUGGGAGGAACCAUGUCAGGGUGACGCUGCAGCGGUUAUCUUUGCUCUCCUGUUAACUUAAAGUGGACGGCUGGCAGGCCGGACCCUCUCAGUUAGAAUAGAUCGCUCCGUUCAUGUGACUCGGUCCUUGUGACUCCGGAUUUGGAGUCCUUCUCUCAGAAACUGUUUGUUGUUGUUUAUCUCUUCAGUACUACUUCUGACCCUACAAAUACUGUGGGAAGUUUUAUUUAUACCCAGCUUCAUUCCACUAGAUUCCACAGAUACCUUUUUUUAUUAUAAUGAAUUAAAUCCUGUGUUAUGCCCACUGACUACAUGACACUUAAAACAACAGUGAUUGUCUGUUUUCUAAAGGUCAUUCAGUUCAUUAUGAUCUUUAGUUUUUACUACUAAAACACAGCGUGUGAUAACUACUGAAGUCUGUGUUACGAGCUCUUUUGUAUGAAAUACUGUUGUUUGUGGUCUUAUCAGUCGCCCACUGGACUUUAUCAUUGGGGCUGUUUACAUCUUUCAUUACUUCCUAGCCAGAGUGGUGCUGUUACCAUGUAUUUAGCUGCAAAAUAAAUUUGUAUAUAGGGAUUUUAAGGAUUUAAGUGCUUAUAUGAAGCUUAUGGAACAAAAUCGCUUGGAAAUACUUGUAGUUGUUUUUUUGUUUUUUGUUUUUUUUAGUUUGUAAAUUUUUAUUUUUGUUUUUAUGGUAUGCUUUUUAUAGAUGAAGUGUCUCCAUGUAAACUUUAUUCAAAGUGUGUAGCUACUACUGUUUUAGUCACCAGAAAGGUGGCAAUGAAGGCAGUGUUUUGCUCUGUGUAUUUAAGAUGAGGUGACCUUCUCGAUUCACAGGCCUCCUGACUGUUUUAUGCAAUAGAAAUGGACUAGCUAGCUACGAUAUAUGUGUGUGUGAGCGGUGGUGCUCUUGUUGUAUACAAUGGACAAAAAACACUAAAAGGCAAUAAAGAUGACUAUUGAAACAAA